GAUUUAGCAGAGACUGGUGUCCUGGAGCCAAAUGAAUAAAGAGAAGGCAGCGACAAGGAGGAUCAGGAACGAGAAAGCGGCUGCGUCCAAUGCCGUACAGAGGUCACAGGCGUCCCCGGGUUUGGCAAUAAGUGACCUUUGCCUGGGCAAUUUCUGUGGUAAGAGGUGACGGCGGGAGCUCCACGGCAAUAAAUGAGGGAACGCGGGAGGAGAAAAAAGCCAAGGUGAGGCGAGGAAGGAAGAGACCCUAGCGCGGUGCCCUCACUCGCCCUGGGGAAUUUCCAAGGCCGGAGUCGGGAGCUGGUGUAGUGAAAGGAACCUUCCCAGACAGGGCUCUGGAUGCCGCCUAGGAAACCUGUCUGCCUCGCAACCCUUAGGUAGGCGCAGCUCCAAGGUCAGGGUCACCUCAGGCCUCUGCCGCCCGUCACCUUGACGACCAACUGCCAAAAAAAAAAAAAAAACCCGGAAAGAACGGAAGUAGUCAGAUCAUCUCGCGAUAUCUGGUGCGCCGGCGCCGUCAGCCUUCCGGGCUUGGGACCGGCGGCCGGCUAUCGCGAGACUUGCCUGGGGGCGGUGGGGGAGGGGCUCUGAGCGCGGGGCCCGACGGUCCGGAAAGCUGGAGCGGCUGCUGCUGGCGGGGGAACAUGUCGGAGUCAGAGCUCGGCCGGAAGUGGGACCGGUGCUUGGCGGACGCCGUCGUGAAGAUAGGUACUGGCUUUGGAUUAGGACUUGUUUUCUCACUUACCCUCUUUAAAAGAAGGACGUGGCCGUUGGCCUUCGGCUCUGGAAUGGGGUUCGGAAUGGCUUACUCCAACUGCCAGCACGACCUCCAGGCGCCGUACCUCCUGCAUGGAAAGUAUGUCAAAGAGCAGGAGCAGUGACUCACACCUGAGAAACACCCCAGUGGGAGGGCAGGAGAAACCACGUUUAUUCCUCAGGAACACUGAAGCGCCCCGGAGUGAGCCGGCACUCUCCGUAACCGCGUCACCAGUAAUGCUUUCAACUCCAGCACACUGUGUACGUGUUUGAAACCAAGUCUGUUUCUUGUUUUGUAUUUUCUCUCUGGAAAUUGCAAGGAGAUGGUCUUAAAAUAAAUAAAUUAAACUAAAAUCGGCAGCCCA